AAGUAGAUUAUGUGACUCAAAGAUGGACACUCAUUUAGCUGUCGCACUUUCAUUUGUUCAGCUUAAUAUAAUAGUCACAUUUGGCGAACCCUUCCUGAAAUUGCCCCAAUACGGUACCAAAAUACCAAAAUACGUGAUGCGCGGACACCUGCAUAUACCCAAACAACCGGAAAACUACUGUCGUAAGGAACUUUGCCCGCUGGGUAUAACUCAUGUUGCAUGUGGCCACCAGUUUUGGGGCGACAACUGCCCGAAGCCGCGCGAUGGUGUCAACAUGGAGAGAAAUAAAAAUAUAAUAAUUACGCAUCACAAUAAUCUCCGGAUGCGAAUGCAUAGGGCAUUGGGACAUUUGCCACCGGCCAAGCGACUACUCCCACUGCGAUGGGAUGAGGAGCUCGCCGUGAUCGCAAUGCGUGUAACCAAUUUUUGCAAUGAUGAAGAAUACAGUGCAUGCGUGAAUACGGCCCGCUAUCUAAAUGUGGCUAAAAGUUCGGAAGUCCUUCAUUAUAAGGAUCCACUCGAUGUACCUGAAGUACUCAAGCACGUGAUACAACGGAAUUGGGGGCAGUUUUCAACAUUUAAAAAGGAAAGUGUGGAAAAGUUUCCAAAAAACGCUACACCAGCAGAUUAUAAAUUUGCGAAUAUGAUCUAUCAGAAGAACGAUGUGUUGGGUUGCGGCAUGUUAGUACGUGGAAAAAUACACAUGGUGUAUUUCACCUGCUUGUAUAACCAUAAAAUGCAGCCUGGCGAAAGAUUGUAUGAUAUUAAAAAUUGACCGAAAAAUGUAAAUAAUAUAAUCAGUAAUCACGAUGUUGAAGUUGCUUUCAAAUUAAAAUACAAAAACCCCUCAAUUAAUAAAGUACGAGUUGUUCGAAUCAA